CUUUCAACUAACAUGUUCCAACAACAACAUCACUGAUAAACACUUUUUAAAUUCCAAAAAUCUUACCUUUAUGGAUAGGAACCAGCUACCAUAGGCAAAUAGUUAAUUAAUAUUAUAAUAAAACUGUAGAGAUCAAAUUUCUGUACAAUGAACAAAAAAAUAAGCAAAACGGAGUCAGCGGGACUACAAAUAGUACAAGUCCCGAUUUUUGUUUAAUUUUUUGUUUCUCUGUCUGAGGCUCAACGAAACCCUUUAAGUCAUUUUGGGAUAAUAUGCCAGCUGUUGGUGGCCCACCACCAGUGCCAUCGAAGAGCUGCUGCAUUGGCUUUUUUCGCCAAGUUUUUUUAUCAGUCCACCCGGACCCCUUAGCAACAAACAUGCAAUAAUGAUACAAAUGCAAAUAUUAAAAGUAAAUAAAAGCAAAAUCUGUUAUACAUAUUGUUAGUGUUUAAAGGAUAAUUUAACUUGUUAUUAUUGUUCAAAUGAUUUGUGAUAAUAUCCCAUAUUCUUAUUGAUUUAAUAUGCCUCUUUACGCUAUGAAUAAAGCCCAAGCUAAAUCUGGAUAUUUCAUAAUGAAAUCCAUUAGGGUUUCGAUUUAUCGGUAAUAUAAGUAUGUACAUUCAUAUCCUCUUUGUGCAAUUUUUUACGUCUAUGGUUUCGAAACGAAAUACGUCCGCACUUUUCUGAUCCGAUAUAAACGGUCAGCCAAAUAACUUUUUUUUGAUGCUAUAAAAAAACUACUGAAUAUUUUCUCAAGUUCUUUUUUUAUUUGAAAGUACCAUCCUUCCGGUUAAUAAUGGAAAAUAAUUUCAUUCAAAUGGCUGCCUCGGCUGUCCAUGCAGUAGCCUACACGAUCGGUCCAAUUUUUAAGUACAUUAUCGAUUGUGUGCAGCUGUAUUUCACCAAUGGCUUCACGAAUAUUGUCCUUUAAAGCGUCAAUUGUCUCUGGCUUGUCGGCGUACAACACUUAUCUUUGACGGCACCCUACAAAAAUAGUCCAACGGUGUCAAAUCGCAGCUCCGAGGUGGCCAAACGACAUCAGCUCUACGGCUGAUGAUGCAGUCUUCAAAAACUGGGCGCAAAACAUCAAGUGUAGAUUCGGCUGUGUGGCACGUAGCGCCGUCCUGUCGAAUCCAAAUGUUGCCAAUAUCCUCCUCUUCAAUUUUUGUUAACAAAAAUUCGUUCAACAUGUGCCGAUAACGAUCGCCAUUGACUAUAACGGCCGCUCCUUGCUCAUUUUCGAAGAAAAAUGGCCCAAUUAUGCCUCUGGACAAAAAUCCGCACCAAACAGUGACUCGUUUUGGGUGCGUCGGCUUUUCAAUGAUUGCUUGCGGGUUUUCUGUGCCCCAAAUGCGAUAAUUUUGCUUGUUUACAUCCCCGAAAUGUUCAAUUGUUGAGAACGACGGUGAAUUGAUGUUGACGGCGCUUCACGCACACUUUCUGUCACAGCAGCAAUAUUCUCGGGUGUACGCAUUGUUUUUGGCGUGAAAAGCCUGCUGUUGAGCAACCUAGUAGCCAAAAACAAUGCUUACACCUACGCUUUAGUUUAUCGAUGAGGAUGCCAGUUUGUUUCACUUUUUUCACAAGAUAACGAACAUACGGAGCUGACGGUGCUUCUCUUCUUCCAAAAUCCGUACGCAAUUUUCGCACACACUCUGCAACAUUACCAUGAUUUUCAAAGUAAUGUCGCAAUAUUUGCCAGCGUUGUUCAAGCGUAUACACAACCAUAUUCGUUCAGCGGAAGGAUCAAACUAAUUAUCUGUCAAAUCAAACAUGAGCUAAGUGUUACCAUUCACGAAAUAAGCACUAGUUGAAAAAAAAAACGUUAGAUGGCGGACUCUUUACUUUUGUAAUAGCAUUUAAUUCGGAGUUCGACGUUAUUUCGUUUCGGACCGGAACUCCGUAUUUCGAAUUUCGUAAUAGGGCUCUAGAUUUAUUAAAUAAUCAUUACGAAGUAAUUUAAAAUCUCUCUUAAAAUACCCAUAUAGCUUUGAGCAUAAAUACGGUCAUUUUGUUUGUUAGACACAGUUCUAGGUGCUAUCUUCAUCUGCCGAGAUAAAAUCUUUUGCUUUCGAAUAGGAUUUCUUCGAAUACUUUCCCUUGCUGCUUUGACCACGUUUUGCGUACGAAUACUACGUAGACGGCCAGAUCUUUUUCUAUAACUAACAGAGGAGCCCUAACAUCUGGGAGCCGGGGGCAUAGGAUGCUAUGGGCUUAAUUAUAGGCUCCUCUAGGAGCCAAGCUAGAUACGCAGGUCUUGUAUCUUCGAACGGGGACUGGCUCUCUGGGCUACUUUCAUUAGGCGCCUCGAGACAUGAAUACAGUACUUUUGCUAAGAUGUACGUGAUCUCUUGGGGGUGCAAAUUAUUACUGAUUUCCCUCAUGGUGUCGUUAGCGAUGUCUGUCAAUAGCGGCUUGUCCAUCAGAUCAGUCUUGAGGCUGAAGACGUUCAUAAGCCUGGGACGAGGAUACUUGCAGUAUUGCACAGUCCAGACCAUUCUCAUGGUGUCUUCUGCGCAAGUUACGAGAAUACCACUCUCGACCCUUUUAUAUACAUCUAGCGCAAAAAACCGUUCCAGCAGUUUCAUUAUUAUAUCUUCUCUAUUACGGCAGGAAGCUGUGUACAGGAGCAGGGUCUGUGCUAUCUCGAUUGGCGAAUGCAGUGAAUUUAUCAGGUUCCAUACAUGUCAGUGGCUCCAUAACUACUUGUGUAAUGCAAUCACAGCGAUUCGGUUCUCUUUAUCACCCCACUACAUUUUAAUAAGGGAAAAUAUUGUUCAAUCAAUUGGCGCCAAAAUGAGAAAACUCAAUGAUAUAUAUAUGAUUCCAAAUUCAAAUGUAAUAUUUUGUUAAUUUUAAUUCUAACAGUAUUUAUGACCAGACUAAGUAAUUUCUAUUAUAUUAUUUGCAUCUGUAUUGUCCAUUAGGCGAACACCAAACUUAUAUAAUUAGCGUCAGUCUCAGAACGUGGCUUAGGAAUUUUUUUUAAUUCUUUACUAAACGUGUCUCUCAAAUUUUUCCAUUUUUUCUUAGUCAUUUCACCUGAAAAUAGAAUAGGAAUUAUAACUUAAUAUUUUGCAUUAUUUCAGGUAUUUGGCCACAGGUAUACAAUUUCGGCAACUCGCUUUCUCGUUCAGAAUUUCAAAAUCUGCUAUUUCUACAAUCGUACCACAAGUUUGCAAAGCUAUAUGGACUCAAUUAGUUAGGAAACACAUGCCCGAACCUUCAGAAGAUAGCUUUAAAAACAUAGCGCAAUGUUUUUGGGACAGAUGGCAGUUUCAUAAUUGCAUUGGAUGUAUUGACGGAAAGCACAUUCGCAUAAUAAAACCAAAAAAGAGUGGUUCCAUGUAUUAUAAUUACAAAUCCUUUUUUUCGAUUGGGUUGUUAGCAGUCACUGACCCAAAUUAUAAGUUUGUAAUGAUAAAUGUGGGUUCCUAUGGAAAAGACAACGAUGCCGGUGUUUUUGAGGAAUGCCCCUUUCGAAAAGCAAUAGAACAAGGAAGACUAAAAAUACCUAAAGAACAAGUAUUACCGGGCUCUAAUAUCAUAGCUCCGUAUGUGCUCCUUGGAGAUGCGGCGAUUCCUCUGAAGAAAUACCUAUUGCGACCUUUUCCAGAAAAAUCAACGGUUAAAGGGGACGCCAAAGAUAAUUAUAAUUAUCGCUUAUCUCGAGCCAGAAUGGUGGUGGAAUGUUCUUUUGGUUCAAUAACUUCUAAAUUCAGAAUUCUACAUAAAUCUAUCGAAACGAAUGUUACAAAUGCAGUUCAUAUCGUCAAAGCCAUAUGUUUACUACACAAUAUUAUAAGGGAUCUUGAAUCAAUAAAUGAGAAUGAGUUAAUGUCUUUCCGAAAAACAUAUCAAAAUAUGUCACAAACACAAAGACAUAAUUCUCAAAGAAGAUACAAUGCCACAUCACGAGCAGCCGCACAGGCAAGAGAAAACUUUAAACUGUGUUUUGUGCAACAUCCUUUGCUAAGAAUGUAAUAAUAAUAAAGAAAUAUGUUGUACUUACUUGUAGUCCCAAUUAUUUUAGCCACAGCCUCCCAUUCGCGGUGCGAUAAUAAACGGUUGUGGUAACUUUUAUUCCUUUUGUCCCAUAAUGUAGGACGUUCUUGGAUAGCAAUAAUAAGAUGUUCUACUUCCGACAUUACUACUUAAUUUUUGCUUGAAAAAAAUAUGGCCGACGCGUCCACUACGCGCGCAUAUAUAAAGCCAACUGAUCGCGUUCGCUUCAUUUCGCGCCGCUCCGCACCGCACCCCACGUGCGUUUGGUCACGUAGGCCACUUCAAUAGGUUUCGAAUGUUUGUUAUUUUCGCGCCGCGCCGCGCCGCUUCGCGUUCGCGUUGAUUCGCCCACGUAGGACACCGCGUAAGCCCCGACUCCCUUCCGACACGCACACAUAGAAGAUAGCGAUUUGAGUGUGUGCGUUGAUUUUGGGAGGCCCCGUGUUUAGAAUCGAUUUUAUGUCAAACUAGGAUAUAUUGGGACAAAAUAACUACUGAAACAUAUUUAACGAUAAUUUUUUAAGUAAAUAAAGAUAUAUUUCAACAUGUUUCAAAGUAAAUAAACACUAAAAAUGAGCAGACAAAAUUCAUAGUCUAUCUUUAGCCGUUAUUCAAUUUGAAUAGAUGCUAUUUUCACUGGAGAUUUUAUCAAGAAAUUAUCUAUAUUAUAACUAUUAUAAUUAUGUAAAUAAUCUUGGAUAUAUACUCUAUAUGUAAUAUAAAAACAGUUACUGAAUUUUGGGUAUUAUUCUUCAAAAACACAAAAAACAAUUUACACAGUUAUCGCACGACAGUUCACUUCGGCGCUCGAGAAUCACUGACGCUUCGGGGUCGAAAAUGAGAAACGACGCCAACCACUUGAAACUGUUGGCUUGUAACACAUUGUACCAAUAACUGUCCGCCUUCAUAUCGUUAUAAGUUCAAACGUAAAUAGAACUUCCAAAUAUCGAAAUUAGGCCCGAAAUCGACUGAGGUCGUCUUGCUUCAGUAUGACUCCUCGCGAAACGUUUUUCAAUGCAGCAAUGAACGUAAGCGCUUUGCAAUUUGAUUACAGACACUCAGAAAUUCUGCCACAUAUCGCACCCUUACUGUAAGUCGUUAAGGAGUCCCAUUGAUCGAUACCAUGAUGAUACGACAAUUACUUGCCCAUAACUAUGUUAUGGAGAUGAAGAUGACUUAAAUAUCCGUAUACCAUAAAAAAGAUUCGGCCGAGUAUCCUUAAUUUUUUCUUAAGAAUUUCGUUACUUUGUCAUGGAUUCCGUAAUCAGAACCUUUUAAGGUAUCACCUUAAAAAGCUUUUAAAGCUGGAAUUAUCAAUGAAGGUGUUAGCAUCAGUAAAAUUUGAGAAAGAUAAAGAAAUUCUGUUCCUACAUAUUUUUUUAAGGAAGCUGCCAAAUGAAACAGGGUGUAGAGUGGUAUUUGGCCACAGGUAUACAAUUUCGGCAACUCGCUUUCUCGUUCAGAAUUUCAAAAUCUGCUAUUUCUACAAUCGUACCACAAGUUUGCAAAGCUAUAUGGACUCAAUUAGUUAGGAAACACAUGCCCGAACCUUCAGAAGAUAGCUUUAAAAACAUAGCGCAAUGUUUUUGGGACAGAUGGCAGUUUCCUAAUUGCAUUGGAUGUAUUGACGGAAAGCACAUUCGCAUAAUAAAACCAAAAAAGAGUGGUUCCAUGUAUUAUAAUUACAAAUCCUUUUUUUCGAUUGGGUUGUUAGCAGUCACUGACCCAAAUUAUAAGUUUGUAAUGAUAAAUGUGGGUUCCUAUGGAAAAGACAACGAUGCCGGUGUUUUUGAGGAAUGCCCCUUUCGAAUAGCAAUAGAACAAGGAAGACUAAAAAUACCUAAAGAACAAGUAUUACCGGGCUCUAAUAUCAUAGCUCCGUAUGUGCUCCUUGGAGAUGCGGCGAUUCCUCUGAAGAAAUACCUAUUGCGACCUUUUCCAGAAAAAUCAACGGUUAAAGGGGACGCCAAAGAUAAUUAUAAUUAUCGCUUAUCUCGAGCCAGAAUGGUGGUGGAAUGUUCUUUUGGUUCAAUAACUUCUAAAUUCAGAAUUCUACAUAAAUCUAUCGAAACGAAUGUUACAAAUGCAGUUCAUAUCGUCAAAGCCAUAUGUUUACUACACAAUAUUAUAAGGGAUCUUGAAUCAAUAAAUGAGAAUGAGUUAAUGUCUUUCCGAAAAACAUAUCAAAAUAUGUCACAAACACAAAGACAUAAUUCUCAAAGAAGAUACAAUGCCACAUCACGAGCAGCCGCACAGGCAAGAGAAAACUUUAAACUGUGUUUUGUGCAACAUCCUUUGCUAAGAAUGUAAUAAUAAUAAAGAAAUAUGUUGUACUUACUUGUAGUCCCAAUUAUUUUAGCCACAGCCUCCCAUUCGCGGUGCGAUAAUAAACGGUUGUGGUAACUUUUAUUCCUUUUGUCCCAUAAUGUAGGACGUUCUUGGAUAGCAAUAAUAAGAUGUUCUACUUCCGACAUUACUACUUAAUUUUUGCUUGAAAAAAAUAUGGCCGACGCGUCCACUACGCGCGCAUAUAUCAAGCCAACUGAUCGCGUUCGCUUCAUUUCGCGCCGCUCCGCACCGCACCCCACGUGCGUUUGGUCACGUAGGCCACUUCAAUAGGUUUCGAAUGUUUGUUAUUUUCGCGCCGCGCCGCGCCGCUUCGCGUUCGCGUUGAUUCGCCCACGUAGGACACCGCGUAAGCCCCGACUCCCUUCCGACACGCACACAUAGAAGAUAGCGAUUUGAGUGUGUGCGUUGAUUUUGGGAGGCCCCGUGUUUAGAAUCGAUUUUAUGUCAAACUAGGAUAUAUUGGGACAAAAUAACUACUGAAACAUAUUUAACGAUAAUUUUUUAAGUAAAUAAAGAUAUAUUUCAACAUGUUUCAAAGUAAAUAAACACUAAAAAUGAGCAGACAAAAUUCAUAGUCUAUCUUUAGCCGUUAUUCAAUUUGAAUAGAUGCUAUUUUCACUGGAGAUUUUAUCAAGAAAUUAUCUAUAUUAUAACUAUUAUAAUUAUGUAAAUAAUCUUGGAUAUAUACUCUAUAUGUAAUAUAAAAACAGUUACUGAAUUUUGGGUAUUAUUCUUCAAAAACACAAAAAACAAUUUACACAGUUAUCGCACGACAGUUCACUUCGGCGCUCGAGAAUCACUGACGCUUCGGGGUCGAAAAUGAGAAACGACGCCAACCACUUGAAACUGUUGGCUUGUAACACAUUGUACCAAUAACUGUCCGCCUUCAUAUCGUUAUAAGUUCAAACGUAAAUAGAACUUCCAAAUAUCGAAAUUAGGCCCGAAAUCGACUGAGGUCGUCAUGCUUCAGUAUGACUCCUCGCGAAACGUUUUUCAAUGCAGCAAUGAACGUAAGCGCUUUGCAAUUUGAUUACAGACACUCAGAAAUUCUGCCACAUAUCGCACCCUUACUGUAAGUCGUUAAGGAGUCCCAUUGAUCGAUACCAUGAUGAUACGACAAUUACUUGCCCAUAACUAUGUUAUGGAGAUGAAGAUGACUUAAAUAUCCGUAUACCAUAAAAAAGAUUCGGCCGAGUAUCCUUAAUUUUUUCUUAAGAAUUUCGUUACUUUGUCAUGGAUUCCGUAAUCAGAACCUUUUAAGGUAUCACCUUAAAAAGCUUUUAAAGCUGGAAUUAUCAAUGAAGGUGUUAGCAUCAGUAAAAUUUGAGAAAGAUAAAGAAAUUCUGUUCCUACAUAUUUUUUUAAGGAAGCUGCCAAAUGAAACAGGGUGUAGAGUGGUAUUUGGCCACAGGUAUACAAUUUCGGCAACUCGCUUUCUCGUUCAGAAUUUCAAAAUCUGCUAUUUCUACAAUCGUACCACAAGUUUGCAAAGCUAUAUGGACUCAAUUAGUUAGGAAACAUAUGCCCGAACCUUCAGAAGAUAGCUUUAAAAACAUAGCGCAAUGUUUUUGGGACAGAUGGCAGUUUCCUAAUUGCAUUGGAUGUAUUGACGGAAAGCACAUUCGCAUAAUAAAACCAAAAAAGAGUGGUUCCAUGUAUUAUAAUUACAAAUCCUUUUUUUCGAUUGGGUUGUUAGCAGUCACUGACCCAAAUUAUAAGUUUGUAAUGAUAAAUGUGGGUUCCUAUGGAAAAGACAACGAUGCCGGUGUUUUUGAGGAAUGCCCCUUUCGAAUAGCAAUAGAACAAGGAAGACUAAAAAUACCUAAAGAACAAGUAUUACCGGGCUCUAAUAUCAUAGCUCCGUAUGUGCUCCUUGGAGAUGCGGCGAUUCCUCUGAAGAAAUACCUAUUGCGACCUUUUCCAGAAAAAUCAACGGUUAAAGGGGACGCCAAAGAUAAUUAUAAUUAUCGCUUAUCUCGAGCCAGAAUGGUGGUGGAAUGUUCUUUUGGUUCAAUAACUUCUAAAUUCAGAAUUCUACAUAAAUCUAUCGAAACGAAUGUUACAAAUGCAGUUCAUAUCGUCAAAGCCAUAUGUUUACUACACAAUAUUAUAAGGUAUCUUGAAUCAAUAAAUGAGAAUGAGUUAAUGUCUUUCCGAAAAACAUAUCAAAAUAUGUCACAAACACAAAGACAUAAUUCUCAAAGAAGAUACAAUGCUACAUCACGAGCAGCCGCACAGGCAAGAGAAAACUUUAAACUGUGUUUUGUGCAACAUCCUUUGCUAAGAAUGUAAUAAUAAUAAAGAAAUAUGUUGUACUUACUUGUAGUCCCAAUUAUUUUAGCCACAGCCUCCCAUUCGCGGUGCGAUAAUAAACGGUUGUGGUAACUUUUAUUCCUUUUGUCCCAUAAUGUAGGACGUUCUUGGAUAGCAAUAAUAAGAUGUUCUACUUCCGACAUUACUACUUAAUUUUUGCUUGAAAAAAAUAUGGCCGACGCGUCCACUACGCGCGCAUAUA